AUGGCCGGCCGGCCGCCGUUCACCAACGUGGACCCCUUGACGGAGGCCGAUCUGCGGCGCAGGGGGCUCGACCCGCACGAGGUGGACGGAUCCACGGAGCAGCUGCUCUCCCACAUCUGCACCGAGCUCGUCCCCGCCCUGCCGGCCUCCGACCCCCGGCGGCAUACGCCCCUGCACAAGAUCCUCUCCCGCCUCGCCGUCACGGACCCCAAGCGCAACCCCGCCCUCCCCGCGCCCGACGGCGUCGACCGCAUCAGCCUCCUCCACGACGCGCUCCUGCGCGAAAUCCUCUGCCGCCUCCCCGUCAAGGACGGCGCUCGCACCUCCGUCCUCGCCUCGCGCUGGCGCCGCGUCUGGCUCUCCACGCCCCAGGUCCUGGCCGACGCCCACCUCCGCCCCAAAGGCUGCCGCUUGCCCCCCACGCCCGCGGACUCGCCGGCCAUCGUCGCCGCCGUCUCCAGCAUCCUCGAAGCGCACACCGGCGCCAUCCCCACCGUCCACCUCACCUGCAGCCACACGAGCGCGUACCAGGCCCAGCUCGCGCGCUGGCUCCACCUCCUCGCCACCAAGGGCGUCCAGGAGCUCGUCCUCGUCAACCGCCCGUGGCCGCUCGACGUGCCCCUCCCGCCCGCGCUCUUCAGCAUCACCACCCUCGCUUGCCUCUACAUCGGCCUCUGGAAGUUCCCGGACGUGGCCAGGUUACCGCUCGGCACCUCCUUCCCCCAUCUCCGUGAGCUCGGCAUCUGCAGCGUCGUCAUGGAGGCCGGGGACAUCGACUUUGUCGUCGCCAAGAGCCCCGUCCUGGAGACCCUCAACAUCCAUGGAUGCAACAAGGGGCUGCGCCUUCGCCUCGUCAGCCAGAGCCUCCGGUGCGUCCAAGUUUGCAGCUCUUUUUUGGAGGACAUUGCCGUGGUGAAGGCUCCUCGCCUCGAGCGGCUCAUCCUGGAGGGCUUUCGGAGCAACGCCGGUGGCUUGUGCACCAGAGUCAGGAUUGGCGACGGUCCCAAGCUACACGCGUUAGGAAUCUUGGAGCCAGGAAGCACCAUGCUAGAGAUCCGAGACACCAUUGUCAUGGCCGGGAUAAAGGCGAGCCCAAGCACCAUGGCCACCGGCAUCAAGGUCCUGAGUCUGAAUGUGCGUUUCGGAAACCACACGGAUGCCAAGAUGGUUCCCUCCUUCCUCGGAUGCUUUCCCAAUUUGGAGGCCUGCACAUUAUUUCUGAAAAAUGUGAUCAUCAAGCUGGCAGUGCCAGGAUGA